GUACCAUUUCGUGUUCUGGUCACAUGAAAAAAUCUCUCCACCGUCUGGGGGCAGCGGGUACCCAGAAAAAUUUCUCCACCCGUAGCGGAGAAUCAAAUGGCAGGUCUAGUCCACUUUGCUGAAGGCGGCGGAGUUAAAAGCGCCACUCAACCAAUUAACAACACUUAUCACGCUGAAGUAAACAGAAGAUUUUCAGGGGAGGACAGGAUCAGAACAUAAUCCGCACAGAGAGAAGAAAAUGGAAAAGGGUAAACGGGAGGUGGUGGUUUCAGCUCUGCAAUUCGCUUGCACCGACGACGUCGCCACCAACGUCGCCACCGCCGAAAGGUUGGUUAGAGCUGCUCAUGCGAAGGGUGCAAAUAUCAUUCUUAUACAGGAACUCUUUGAGGGACAUUACUUCUGUCAGGCACAAAGGGAGGACUUCUUUCAGCGAGCAAAGCCUUACAAGAGGCAUCCAACCAUUCUUAGGAUGCAGAAAGUUGCCAAAGAGUUGGGUGUGGUAAUACCAGUUAGCUUUUUCGAAGAGGCAAAUAAUGCCCAUUACAAUUCAAUUGCCAUUAUCGAUGCUGAUGGGGCAGAUCUUGGACUUUAUAGGAAGUCCCACAUCCCAGACGGACCAGGCUACCAGGAAAAGUUCUACUUCAAUCCAGGUGAUACUGGAUUCAAGGUUUUCAAGACCAAGUUCGCAACUAUUGGAGUUGCAAUUUGCUGGGAUCAAUGGUUUCCCGAGGCUGCCCGGGCUUUGGUUCUUCAAGGUGCUGAGAUAUUGUUUUACCCUACUGCUAUUGGUUCCGAACCUCAAGAUGGAGGUCUUGAUUCUCGUGAUCACUGGAGGCGAGUGAUGCAAGGGCAUGCUGGGGCUAAUGUGGUCCCUGUAGUAACUUCAAAUCGCAUAGGAAAGGAGAUAAUUGAGACCGAGCAUGGAAAGAGUGAGAUCACUUUCUACGGUAACUCUUUUAUAGCAGGACCCACUGGUGAAAUUGUUGCAACUGCUAAUGAUAAAGAGGAAGCUGUGCUUGUAGCACACUUUGACCUAGACAAAAUCAAAUGGAAGAGACAUAGCUGGGGAGUAUUCCGCGACCGCCGCCCAGAUUUAUACAAGGUGCUACUGACAUCAGAUGGCAGCAAUUCCCCUUUGUGAUCAUUCGUUUUGACAGUGCUUGUUGUAGAAUUAAUAAAGGACUUCCAAGGUACGGUCCCUCGUACGAUUGGAGGAUUUAGGAUUUACUUUUGAGGAAGAAAUUUUCUCUAGUGAAGUAUUAUUGGAUGAUCAUCUCUAUUUGCUCGUCUAAAUCUUGAAGGUAUCCGGUAUUUAUUGAGAAUGAGAUUAUCAUAUUUCUUA